AAUACAGACGAGUUUAGGUAGGGAUAUAACUUAAUAUGGAAACUUUUAGACGUUUUGAUAUCUAAAUAAGUUUCGGCGUGUCUCUUUACUACACGUGGUGCCAUGUUUCGAAGAACGGUGAGCUCUCUACUUAUGUCACAUUAGUCAAAGCUCAUUUUUAAUCACGUAAACAUCAUGAGUUUUAGUAGCUACGCUAGCUAGCUGGCGUUAGCAGGCUAGCUAGAGACAUGAAGAGUCCUUGGCUAACAGCUGCGAAUGUCGUCCUCAUGUCUACACACAGUGCUGUACGGCGUACCUGAAUACAUGGCUGACCAAGGCUGACGUGCGUCCAUAGCUUACCGUUGAGUUAAAGUCCCUGGAGCCAGUCAGGGACACCGCAGUUUACCGUUAUGUCGCUACACAACUUGGUUUUUGUUAUCGAUGUGGAUUAUGGAGAUCGCGAUUCGGGAGAUCAACUGGAAGUCAGGAAUCAUCUCUUAAAAAGAGGAAUAUUACAAACACUGCUGCAUUUUGGCUAUACGUAUGGAUUUGACAAAGUUCGAUGGGGUUAUAAAUUCUUUCAAUCCCAAACUGGUCGCAAUGCUAGCGUCCUAUCGAGGGGAUCAGACUUCAAGGAGCUUCGCCACAAAACCUUCGAGGACUUUGAAAUAGAGUUUGAUGCCAAGUUCCACCUGAAGGAUAAACCGUUCCGGACCCAGCAGAAACAGCAACACAACCAUUCUGCAUCUGUUCAAAAUGCCCUCAAAGAGACCCUGCUGGACUUCCAGUGGGACAGACCAGACAUCACGUCUCCCAACAAACUGUCCCUGAGGCCGCGGAAGUCGAGCCGAGCUGGAAAGCCCAGUGUUUCACAGGAGGAGGAUGUUUCAAACAACGGCAGGAAUGUGGUGUUUAUCGUGUCGGAGUGUCCACGUUCAAGGACGCAACUUGUGGACUAUCUUUCUUUGGGAAAGCGUGAGCUGCCGACAGAUGUGACGGAGUACAUCAUUCCCAGGGGCCUUCACGACAUGCUGACUCAGCGACAGGUGGUGCUGCACUGGAUUGACAGCAGAUCACAUGUUAAGAUCAUAAGUUGUGAGGAUCACAUCGGCCAUGACAAGCUGUCUGAGAUCCUAGCUCGGCUGGGCGGCAGGGUGAUGCCCGUGGUUGCACUGCUAAGCCUCUGCUCCAGUCAGAAUCCAGACGCAAGCUUCAGGAAGGAGACGUUUAUGUUCAAGUCCAGCAUUGGAUACCUGCUGUCUUCUGAAAGGCAGCACUCCUUGGCUUUUCCUGCCAUAGGCGGUGUUCUGCGCUGGGAGCAAGGUGACAGGACACAGAGCUGUGGAGUCACGGUUGAGCCAGUGUCUCGCAGACAGAGGCUUCUCCCAGAGUCGGUGGAAGUGUGUCUGAAAGGAGUGCUGCAGGACUGGGAGGACUCUUCACUAACACAGACACCAACAGAGUCAUGGAUGCUCCAGUGCUCCAGCAUCAAUGACCAGGGAGCAGCUGCUGCCUUCCAGCAUCUCCUGAUGGAGCUGUCUUCUCGUGCUCUGCACAUGCUUUCGGAGGUGAACGUCAGGGGCCUGGUCUGCUCGGCUGUCCUCUCGCCCGUGUCCCACUCGACCGCUCUGCUCACCAUCCUCCAGUCGGAGGUCACUCGGCACGACCAGUUCCCGGCGAUCGCCAUUGCCGCCGCCACGGCAGAAACCUCCGCUGAGCUGCCAGAUAUCGUGAACAGUGUUCUGGGAGUUGUGUAUGACAUCAUGGCGGAGGAUGAGGACGAGGACGCUGUUGAUGAUCGUCCGGUACCUGAGUGGGCUCAGCAGGAAGUUAGCCAUUGUCCGCUGACCACAGGCGUGUUGGAGAGUUGGUUUCCUCAGUCAGACCAGUCUGGAGUGAGUUCACAUUUAAUGGAGUCAAUGAGGUUGCUGGAUGCUGUGCCAGAGCAGAGAGAAGAGGCCGAGCAGUCUGUCCUACAACAGGAGCUGAUCAGUGGUCUGGCAGAGUUGUAUCAAACAUCUCGGGGCGAAGUGGCCAAGAGGGGCAAGAAACGUGGCGCGCAGCGUACACCUGUGAAGCAGAAGAUGAAGACCAUGAGCCGCUCCCUGCAGAUGCUGAAUGUGGCGCGACUGAACGUCAAAGCCCAAAAGGACCAGGCCGAGGCGGAGCAGCUCGGCGCCGAGGGCAAGGCGCCAGACAGACCGGUGAAGAGAGGGUCAAGUGAACGGAACAAACCCGGAGGAGCCAACGCCAUCAGUUUUGCCAGCGAGGCCGAGCUGCUGUCCCACCUGAAGUGCUGUUAUGAGAAGACGGUGGCAGAGAGAGACUCGUCCCUCCUCGCUGGAGUCCGCCAGCUCGUGUUCGCCGUGCAAACCUUCCUUGGGACAGAGUCCGACCUGCAGGUAAAAUCCUCCCUGCUUGUCCAGCAGCACCUUCUCAAGUCCAGCAAAUCUGUCCGGCAGCUCUAUGGCGCUGACGUCGAUGUCAAAGUCAAAGAGUGCAAACUUCAGGCGUUGCUGAGGCUGGAACUGUGCAGACUUUUCCCCACUGGGCAGUCCGACUCACUGGAUGUCGAUCAGAUGGCAGAGGAGGUGGCUGAAAUGCUCAGGAUUAUCUCCUUAAUUAAAGACCCAGUUUGCCUUGCACGGUUCCUUGGAGACGAAGUCCUCCCUGGCUUCCUCACCGCUGUCCCCAGGGUGCUCGCAGACAUCUACCACAGUCUGGGCACCCAGCUCCCCGAGGCGCUCGUGGCUGUUCUGCCUUCUGACUUUUUCAGCGACGAGUCGGUGGCCAAAGACAGCGUGUCUCCCUCGGCCUCCUCGCCCCCCCUGUCCACACUCAGCAUGCUUUCGGAUGGCAGCGGCUGUCUGCAGGAUCUGCGAAAUCGCUCCGCGGGCCAGAGGAGGAGCGGGAUGCUGACUCGUCACCGCAGCAUGACUGAAUCGUCACAGAGUCUUCGCCAAAUAGAGAUCCCUAAAAAGACUACAAGAGCUUCCAAAUCAAAGGUCUCUGUUGCUUUGGAGAAACCCGUAGAACCACAACCUAAACCUCAGAAACAAGAAACGCAAGAGGUAACAAAGGUGAGAAGAAACCUUUUCAACGAAGAGGUCGUUUCCACCUCAAAGAAAGCCAAGCUGCCGAGGAGCCAGUCUGUGUCCGCAUUGGAAGGCUUGAAACGCAAGCGAUUUCCAGAAUCUGAAGAGGGACACAAACUUCUAACUAAGAAAGUGUGUGAAACGCCGCACCACAAGCAGGUGUCCAGUCGUCUGCUUUACAGACAGAAGAGGGGACGGAGCUCUGUCUCAACAGAGGAAUGCAUCGUGGAAGAGUCGCCAGUAAAACCUGCAGACGAUCUAAGAAGAAGCCCGAGGAUAAAGACUUUUGCUCGAAGACACUCAAACGUUUUCUACUCGAGUUCUCAGCCUCGCUCCCGCAACCUGGACCGGGCUCUCUCUGCGUCCCAGCUCAGUGCGGCUAACGUGAAAAAACCCGUCCGAUCUCCCAUGCGUCUUCUUUUUGGGGCCGCCGAGUCCUCCAGUGGUCAUUCUGACGGGUCGUGUGGAACCAGGCCCACCAGGUCGCGGCCGUCCACGGACUCUAGUGUCUUUGAGAGUCCGAAUAAAACUCCAACGAGAUCACCCAGCAAACGUGGGAGAACCACUCAUGGGAUCACACCACCCAAGACUCCUCGAACCCCGAUUUCCCCCAAAACCCCGUCGCCAUCGAGGACGCGUGGUUCCUCCGUCCCACAGAGCCCCGGAGCAGGUAGCUCUCGGGAACUCUGCACGGCUCAUUUCAGAUCUCCAGCCAGGAUGACCCUCGUGGUGGAGACACCGACGAAGGAGAGCCCUGGGAGGAGUCCUCUGAAGGGCAUCCUCAGGACUCCGGUCAAGGCCUCGCUUGAUCGCCACGCCUCCUGUGGACCACAUCUUCUCACUAGCCCCAGUUCAAAGACUCCAAAGAAGAGUGUCACCUGGUCUCCAUCCCCUCAAAAAAGCGGAUUGGCAGAGCACCGUGGCACUUUCAAAGUACCAGAGUCUCCUCGCACCUCGACCCGCUCUUCGCCGAGCUUGUUGAAAACAGCCGACCAGCGCGUCACGCCUGUCAAAGGGACUAAAACUAAGAGAGACAUUUUCAAGACCCCGGAGAAGUCUUGUCAGGUCAGCCUAGUGAGGGUUUCUGAAAAUGCUAUUUUGAUGUCCUCUGAAAAGCUUCCCAACCGGGAGAACACGCCUGGAAAAGGAGACUCGUCCGGUCUAGUGGGAAUUAUUCCUCCACAAUGCACACCACCUUCAGUCCACCAGAUCUCCCCUAACACUAGAGCUCCAUCCAGGACGCCCAGUCCCACUCACAACAUGACCACUCGCUUUGGACUCGCUCCGUGCAAAGGUUCAAACGCGCCUUCCCCGUGUAAGCCGGCGUUCACACCAGAGGGACGUGACGCUAUUUCACGAAGGUCGGGCGCUUCGCCGAACUCCGUGACGCGGUCGGGUCGAGGUGCCGACGCCUCCGGGCCGGACUUGCAAUCAGAGUCUAGUGAGAGUGUUCUUUCCAAACUCGACACAGACUCCGGUGACAUCCGAGACCUCGUGGAGGAGAAAACGCAGUCGGGUGCAAAGGUGGAAGCUCAGGCCGAACCCCCCGAAACCUCUGGCUCCAUUUCCCCCGCAGACUCCCAGCAACUUGACUCUUCGUGUUUCCACGCCGCGUCCACAGACGACGACAGUAUGGACAUCGUAGAUGCCGCCGUGGUUAAGACCCAGUUCAGCGGAGGCAUCAGAAUGAACAUCAGCUUCUCGCGGAAGCCCUCGAAGUCGCGUGACGUCUUGCCCAAAGCAGCCUCUCCUGAAUCACUCGUGCCCCCCCCAGGCACACCAGGCCGGACCUACGGCUUCCGGCAGACCCCGGACCGCCGGCAGAGGGAGGCGGCCGCUCGUUUGGGCUACGGAACCCGACCCCCCCGCUUUUCCACCCCCCGGGGCCCGGCGAGACCGAGCCGGGGCAACGGCCCGCCCACUCCGGACCCUCUGUCUUACCAAGUCGAACUAGAAAUGCAGACAUCGGGACUCCCCAAGCUCCGAAUCAAACGCACCGAUUCCACGAGUGGGGGCGACUCGGCCUCGGGGGCGUGCAGCCCUUCACUCUGUGUGAAGCCGUCUCAGCUGGAAAGCCCCCUGGCGUUGUUUCCCAAGCACAGAGACCCCGGAUGCGUGUCGCCGUCCGUCUGUGCUCACGUCACGCCGGCCAAGGGCACGCCCGGAAAAGGCGGAGGAUUCCAAACCUACAUCUGCCAGUCGUACACCCCCACCCGCCACCCCGCCGCGGGAGCCACGUCUCCGAGGGCAACCGCGGACGUCCUUCCCCUGACGCCGUCCCCGCAGAGCGCGGGCAAGGUGCCCCCGGACAACUUCAGCAGCUGGCCUCGCAGGAAGAGGGCUCAGAUCGCCGCGGGCGGGGGCAAGGACCGCGGCCCGAAGGGGGAGCCUCUGCUGGCGGAGCUGCUGGAGGAGGCGGAGCUCGGAGUUAGCCGACUGCAGGACGCCGAGGACGCCGACGAGCUCUCCGGCAGAGGCGCGGUGGCUUCGCUGGCCUCCAAACACUCGCCCCCACCCGUAGAGGGCGCGUCGCCGCUCACCCCGGCGGAGGACUCGUACUGGACGGAGAAGCUGGCUCAGCAGACGGGGGAAGACACCUACUGGGCGGCUGGAGGCGCUCCGUCAACAGCGACUCCUCCGAGCUCAAAGGUGAGGAAGUCGGUGACAGCGAGCGGCAUCUUGGCCCUCACUCACUCUCCACUUUUGUUCGAGGGCAAAACGGGCUCCUCGGGUAAGAGGACGCCAAAUGUUAAAGACGAGGCGUCGUCAGGGAGGAAGAUGGAGGCCGACGGGGCGGAGCGCUCGCCCUUCAGACGGCCAAUCAGACGCUCCGACACGGGGGAGAAGACCUACAGCAGGAAGAGGCUGCUUCCCUGAGCCCCAAGAGAGAAGGUCCUUUUCUCAGGCUCAAUUGAUGGCAGAUCUGAAAGAUGUCUUUUCAUUCAGUUUGAGCACCAGUCGAAAGGCCUUCGCAGACGGAUGAAUGUCCCCCUCGGUCCCGCCCCCUCGGUCCCUCUGGGUUUUUGUUUGAUUCGGGUCAUUUUAGGAUCAUAGGCAGAGUUCAGCACCGAGAUAAAAAGCCAUGCCGUUCUGGAGAGAUGUUCAAACUUUCCCCUCUUAAUGGAUUAUCAUUCAAAGGACGCCAUGUUUUUCGGCAUGCGUCUCUGUUGGAAAUGGUGAUUUUAUAUCAGUGUUUUUCAAAAUUCUAAUAAGCUAAUUUGAAAUCAAGUUGAGUUUGUUGAUAUAAAUACUAUUCAUUUUUAUUUAUUGUUGUCAUAAUCCUUUUUUUAAGUGGAAGGAAAUGCCCUAAUGUUUGAUUCAGGUUGUAAAUAUCUUAUGUUACCAAAUUGUUAUGUAAAU